CUAAAAUGCCUUUUGAUGAUUUGUUUAAGAUUCUUGCUGAUGAUUCGGCUAUAGCAAGUGGUGAUUCGGCUGUAGCAACUGGUUAUGAUGUACCUGACGACGAUUUCUGGUUCGGAAUGGACAUUACAGCCUGGAAAUCUUUAACGAUAGAUGAUAAAAUCAAAGAAAAGAACACAAGUAUUGAAGGUCUCAAAAGUAAAAUAAAAGAAGCAGAAUCAAAAGGAAAACCUGUAUCAGGUCUUAAGGCCGAAUUAGCUGUUGAAAAAAAAGGAUUACAGAAGUUAUUAGAACGAAAAGAUCGUCUUAAAAACAAAGAAAAUAAUGUUCGAUAA